AUGGCAGACGACACACGGCCGACCUCCGGCGUUCAGACAACCCAAAUCGACAACCUCCCCCCGCGCCCUCGCGCGCCGGCGAACAGCAUGCCCGGCGGGACAGCACACACUGCGGGCGGAGAGAAAGUCGACGGCGACGGGCCCUCAUACAUCGAUGCCGUGCGAACCCUGGGACCGGAGUACUACAUGAACUUCCACAAGCGGCCGUGCGUGCGAGACUCGCAGCUGCAAGGCCUAGCAGCCGGAUUUGCAGGAGGCAGCCUGGCAGCCAUUAUCGGGAAACCCGUUCUGAUAGCCUCCAACUGGGCCGUGGCGACCUGGUGCGGCGUCUCAGUCGUCUCGUACCAAGUGUGCCAGUACUACCGCUCCAAGGAGAAAGCCGGCAUCAAGCAAGCACAGGACCUAAUGGAGAAGAAGCGCGCGAACAUCGAGGCCAAGAAGGAGGCACGGAGGCGACAGAGAGAGGAGUACGAUCGCCAGGAAGAGCUCAGACGGCAGGAGGAGGAGAGAAGGAAGAGCUGGGGGUAUUGGUACGAGAAGAAUGUCAAGUUCUGGUAG